AUGCCGCCAGGAGGGCUGCGGGGAAACAGCUGCUGGACCGAUGAGGUGCGCGAGCAUGAAUGUCCCGGUCUGCUCCCGAUAGAUAGUCCCCUACCAGGCCUCCAGUCUCUGCAUUUUUGUUGCUUCCAGCUACCACCGGGAGAUCUGGACAUACUGUUCUCAAACAUCGAUGACAUCAUCCAAGUGAGUAGCAGAUUCCUUCACGGGCUGCAGGAGACAGCCUGCAGGGAUGAGGAGCAAGCACACCAGAUUGGUAACUUAUUCCUGAAAUUCCAAGAGGAGUUUGAACAAGUCUAUAAAGUCUACUGUGUCAACUAUGACCAGGCCCUGCUGCUGGUCAAGGCGUACCAGAAGGAGCCAGCGCUGCAGAAGGAGAUCCAGGACGUCCUCGAAGCUGCAGUGCCACAAGCUGGACAUUCGGGUCUCAGUUUCUUACUUGUAAUCCCUCUGCAGAGGAUUACCAAGUACCCCCUCCUGCUGCAGAAAAUCCUGGAGAACACACCUGAGGAUGCCAGUGCCCACCCAGUCCUUCAGAGAGCCGCCUCUGCCCUCCAGGAUGUGAACAGCAAUAUCAACGAAUAUAAGAUGCGCAAGGAAGUGGCCUUAAAGUAUACCAAGGUGGAGCCGCUGAGCCUUCGGGAGCGCCUGGCCCGCAUCAACACACAUACUCUCUCCAAGAAGACCACCAGGCUGAGCCAGCUGCUGAAGCAGGAGGCGGGGCUAGUAUCCCGGACAGAAGACAAGGAAUUUGAUGACUUGGAGGAGAGAUUCCAGUGGGUGUCUCUGUGUGUGAAGGAGCUGAGGAGCAAUGUGGAGGCUUACAUGGAUAAUCUGGAGGCUUUCCUCAGCUUCCGGCCACACGAACGGAGCCUGGAUAUCCCUGGGGGACCUGCGGAAGAGUACUGCAGCCUAGCGAGGGACCUUCAGCUCCAGGCCUUUCUGCAUUUUAAGAAGCGGUUGAAAGACCUGGUGUGGCAACCAUUGUGCAGUCUGGCCAGAGCCCUGGUUGGCCCUCAGAACUUGAUCAAGAAGCGUCUGGACAAACUCCUGGACUUUGAGCGGGUAGAAGAGAAGCUGCUGGAUGUGGGCAGUGUGACCUAUGAGGAGGAGGCGGCCCGGCACACGUACCAGGCGCUCAACUCCUUACUAGUGGCAGAGCUCCCACAGUUUAACCAACUAGUCAUGCAGUGGCUGGGCCAGAUCCUCUGCACAUUUGUGGUCCUCCAGAGAGACCUCGCCGAGCAAGUGCUACGAAGGGCGGAGAGCAGUGUCUCCCUGCUGCCUCAUUGCCAUGUCUCGGAGCCGGACUUCCAGAAGCUGCUGGAGCACACACUGGGCCAGAGCAGUAGCCAGCUCCGCCUCUUUCAGGAGAACUUCGAGAAGGUGCUUCCACCCUCCACCACUCAGCCACUCCCUCCAGGGUCUGAACACCAGAUGAAGGCUCUGCUCUCCAGAUAUGACCCUGGGAAGCUAUACCAGGUGACAAGCAACAUCAAUGGGACUGGGACCCUGGACCUAACACUGCUGCGGGGCCAAAUCGUGGCCCUUCUACAAAGCAAGGAUACCAAAGGCAACAGCGGUCGCUGGCUGGUUGACACAGGGGGACACCGGGGCUAUGUGCCAGCUGGAAAACUUCAGUUAUACCACCCCAUCAUUCCCAGUGAGAAGGAGCUCAGAGGCCAGACAGGGAUGCAUGAAGACUACUGGCUUCCAACCCCAGAGCCCGCCCAACCCUCGGUUCCCACUGUCCCAACCAUGAGCCAGGUGUUUCGGGUGGUGGCAGCAUACCCCUUUGUGGCCAGGAGCACCCAUGAGCUGAGUCUACAGGCAGGCCAGCCUGUGACCAUCCUAGAAGCCCAAGACAAGAAGGGGAACCCAGAAUGGAGCCUUGUGGAAGCAAAUGGACAGAGGGGAUAUGUGCCUUCCAACUUUCUGGCCAGGACCCUGAGCCCAACUCCAUGGGGCUGGAAUCUUCCCUCUUAGCAUGUCCUUUUUGGACCCCCCCCCCCAUUCCUAACAGCAGAGGCUUAAAGGGUGUGUGGCCUAGGGGGCAUGGCGCAAAGCAGAGUGGGAAUGGGGUCGGUGGGAAGGGCACUCAGAAGGCAGCAGGAAGUGGUGACUAGGCCUUACAGAAUGCCUGGUGUGGGAGGCCAUAGUGGGUGGUUCAGCAUUGCCACUAGAGUCUGCACAAAGAAGCCAUCUCAGGACUACAGCUGUUAGCUAGGGCUUGCCACAGCUCGAAGCUCAUCCUACCUUUUACCUCUUUCAUAUCUAGGAUGAAUGUUGCCUGUGUUAGUAGCAGGCAGGGGCAUCUCUGAAAAAGACCAGACCUGCCUGGCUCAGUAGCACAACUUCCACAGUGUUGCCAGGAAACACCAUGGCUCACCAGUCAUCUUUUCUUUCUUACUGCCUUGAGUUGAGUUAUUGUGAACAGUGAACUGUGGAGAGUCCUGCCCAAGGGGAAGCAAUGGGCCUAGGUUCUGAGGAGAUUCUCUACUGGGUCUGGGAACGGGUGUGGUCUCUGCACAGGUCUGAACUUCUAGUACAAACUCGGAGGUGGUUCCCGGGAAGAGGGGAAUUCAAGGGUGGAUCAGUGGGCGUGUGAGGCUAAUUUCAAUGGUCUAUACUUCUGACUAGUUUUUUUUUUCAGACUAGGAGACAAAGGAACUUGGCACUCAAUGCUGGUGGAGCUCUGUGAGAGAGGUGACUACUGGCCUGUUGAGCUGGGUAGGUGAGGGAUAGCGUGAUUUCCUGGUUCUGGGUAGAAGAACCAGGGCAACACAGGUGGCCUAGGUUUGCCUCUGAGGGCAUGGAGGCUGCAGGUAGCUGAGGCUGGGUAGAUGUGAGGCCUAAGACACAGGAUACAAUUGCACUUUUCCACCUAGGAAAAAUAACAAAGUCGUGGACAUGGUAAGGAUGUCACGAGGCUGAGAAUCCUUGUCAAUCAGGAAGUGUGACACUAACACAAAAGAUGGUUAGUGGUAUCAGGAUGACACAGUCAUUGGGCUGGCUUGGGUUAGCAGAGUAAAGCAAGGAGCCUUGCCUCACCCCUCAUGUCCAGGCCAACAGUGUCCUUCCUUAUUGUUAAUCCAGCAUGGAUUUUGAGACAUGCCCUGUUAAGGGAUUUUGUUUUGUGUGAACAUUAUGGAGUGUGUAAACCAACGAGAUUAUGACAUCACUAGGCAAUAUAAUCUCAUGGGACUAUGAUAUACACACAGUCAUUGUCUGUAGCUAGCUGUUGCACGGCAUAUGCCAUUGAAUACAAUCGAGGUAGCCAAAGUCCCAAUGCCUAGUACUUGGUGAGCAAGUCAUUUCUCAAACACGGAGACAGAAUUCCCUCACAGCAGACCCCGUUCCAGGAUGACAGGCCCACAGGGGCAGUGUUGGGGUGUAGUCACUACUGGAUAAUGUCCCUAGGCUGUUGCUUUAGUACAAGAGACAUUAGAAGAUCUCAAGACAGUGAAAAGGGUGAUCCGCCAUGAUCUCUAGACAACUGGCAAAUUUGGAAUUGACCCUCUUGAGAGACAGAGCGUAAAACAGGUGGCUACUUCAGCGUUUUCACGACGACGUCUGUUUUUCCAACUCGAGUGCCUGUUUGUUAACUUUGGCUUCUGAAGGGCUCUUGAGAAAGACGUCCUUGCCUGUGUCAGACAGUCUGUAAUGCGCCUCCUCUGGGCUUGUUAAAGCGCCAACACUGUAUGAGGCAAGAGCAAGACUUCCCAGCUCCUUUCCCAACCUCAGGUUCGCUCGCAAGAUGUGCUCAGCUCACUUUCCUAUCUGUUUUCUUCGCAGACUUCACAGGAAGCACAGCCACACAGGUGGCCAGGCAGGCACUGGACCUGCUGUUGGCACAGGUUUUUACUGACAGUUCACGGUGAAGUUGAGACUUUAGCUUGGGGUUCCUAGCACGGCCGUCCCGUUCUCUGCUGCAAUUCCCUGGGUAGCUCUAAACUGCAGCAAACCAGGAGCCCACCCAAAGAGAGCUGCUGUCAUUGAUCUGGGCAUGGUCAUGGCACGGGGCUUCAGGAAGCUAAGUAGGUAAAUCUCAACAUGCAGCCACCUUGAGGACCUCUGCCCUAUACAUGCAGAGGUAAACAGCUAGACCCGGUCAGAGGUGGGAACGGUUAAGUUAAGUUGUGCUGUACCUGAGCUUUGCACUGGCUAUCUAAGCAGGAAGCUUUUAGACACAGUUUGGAGUAGGACAGCCUGUUCUGUCAGGUCCCAGAAUAUAUAUUUAUGAAGUGCCAUUAAAGGGGACCUGAACAAAAUUGGAUGUUCUUGUAGGCAUAAGGGAGAAAAAUUAAAUAUACCUUGAACCAAGGCUAUCUCAUGAAGGAGAAAUAAAAAUGUAUUCAGUACAUGUGGGUUGUAGUUUCUCAGACCAGGGGGUGAGAUUAAAAUCACUGGAGAGUGAGAGAAAGUGUACUGAGAAGAUGGAGCGUGGCCUGGAUUUUCUCCAAGGGACUCUGUGUAAUGUGCCUUUUUACCCCAAUGCCUAGAGCCAUUGCACUGUGUCUUAUUUAUUUCACUCUUGGGCUGUCACGUGAAGACUCACAAUGAGAAUUGCCUAAGAAUGGAACAGAACUCCCAGGAGCUGGAGGAUGGCUCACAUGGUAUCCCCCUGCUCCUCAAAGUGAAGUGGGGACUCUUUAACCUUUUGAGCUCCAACUUCGCUUAGGAUACAAGGAGACGACUAUGUUACCUAAGGGAAGAUGAGUGUAUUCUUGAGUCACGUGAUGAGCCUGAUGUCAACUACUGGCAAUAAAGGACUUAGUAUGACUCCA